AUGUUGACCGAAUCAGUGGGGUCAAGGCCACCUGAUGGAGGAUGGGGUUGGGCUGUCCUCUUCGGCUGCUUCGUCAUUACAGGUUUCUCCUACGCCUUCCCCAAAGCAGUCAGCGUCUUCUUCAAAGAGCUUAUCCGGGAGUUUGGAGUGGGCUACAGUGACACGGCUUGGAUCUCCUCUAUACUUCUUGCGAUGCUUUAUGGCUCAGGCCCUAUAUGCAGCAUCUUAGUGAACCGUUUCGGGUGUCGCCCUGUGAUGAUGGUCGGGGGCCUUUUUGCCUCACUUGGUAUGAUUAUGGCAUCCUUUUCAACCAGUAUCAUCCACAUCUAUCUCAGCACAGGAGUCAUAACCGGUUUGGGUCUUGCUUUGAACUUUCAGCCAUCCCUCAUCAUGCUGAACAGAUAUUUCAGUGAGAAAAGGCCCUUGGCCAAUGGGUUGGCUGCAGCUGGAAGUCCCGUGGCUCUGUGCUGUUUGUCUCCUCUUGGUCAGGUCCUUCAAUAUAACUAUGGUUGGCGUGGAGGUUUCCUAAUCCUUGGAGGGAUUCUACUGAAUUGCUGUGCAUGUGGAGCCCUCAUGAGGCCCUUGAAAGCACCCCAAAAAACAAGUGAGGUGGACGAAAAAGAGAAGGAAUCCAAACCAAAGCCCAAACUUCUUGACUUCACUGUCUUUAAAGAUCGUGGCUUUUUGAUUUACACGGUGGCUGCAGCCAUUAUGGUGUUGGGUCUUUUUGUGCCUCCUGUGUUUGUGGUAAGCUAUGCCAAGGAACUGGGCAAUGAGGACACCACUGCUUUGCUGCUCACCAUACUAGGGUUUAUCGACAUCUUCGCUAGGCCAACAUGUGGUAUCAUUGCUGGGCUCAAGUGGGUUCGACCACGAUGCGUUUACCUCUUCAGUUUCGCUAUGCUCUUCAAUGGCACCACUGAUCUCCUCGGCUCCAUGGCCAAAGACUAUCCAUCUCUCGUGGUGUUCUGCAUCUUCUUCGGUAUCUCCUAUGGCAUGGUUGGAGCCUUGCAGUUUGAAGUGUUGAUGGCCAUUGUGGGGACUGAGAAGUUCUCCAGUGCCAUUGGCUUGGUGCUAUUGGUUGAAGCCGUUGCUGUGUUGGUGGGACCACCUGGAGCAGGUCGUCUUCUGGAUGCCACAAAGAAUUACAUGUUCGUCUUUCUGCUGGCUGGGUGUGAGGUGAUCCUCUCGGCUCUUGUGCUCGCCAUUUGUAACAUGCUCUUCAUCAAAAGGAAGCCCCAACAGCCUGACCCUCCAGCAAAGAUGGAGAUGGCCAUUAACGAGACCGAGAUGGAGGAGCUCAACAAAGCACCAAAG